UCCACAUCCCCCAUGCCGUCACCUCCGGGACUCAAUUUUCACUUUUCGCCCUUCUGAAACCCUUUUUGACUUUCUUCCCCUCCUCCCACGUUGUUUCUUUACCUCCCCACCCUGAUUCUUUCAAGUUAACUCCAUUUUCAUCUUUAGUCGGCUGACUUCCAUAAUCUUCUCAAUUUUUGGGCGCUGUCACUUUUCUUAGAUUCCAAGUUGGCGACAUAGUCAGCUGAAUCUCUCAAAGUCUUCUCCGAACUUCCCCUUUCUGCGGCUGUCCUGCGACUUAUCUGGCGCCUUCCGGUUCCCAUUUUGUGUUUCUAGAGGAGGAAGAGCUCUGGAAGGGUUUUGAAUGGAGAAAGGAGGAAGCUUUGGCUCUGCGGAUGAGUUACGCGAGAGGAGGAAGAAGAAGGGGGCGCUACCCCUUGCUGUAUUCCUUUCUUUUAACGACAGAGAUGUGAAUCCCGAAUGCCCCGACGCACGCAAUCCCUACCAUAAAUGCGGCUGGCACUGUCUCGACAAGAUUCCAUCCGUGAAUAAGCUCUUGGAUGGAGAAAGAUCAGGUGGGAGUAGUUCGGAUUGGGAAAAGAUGUCGGAGAGAAAGGGGGUGAAUCCAAGUUGCCCUAACGCUUCCAAUUCUUACCACAAAUGCUCGGAAUACUGUUCUGAGAAAAUUACGGGGAAGAUUCAUGAUGCGUUUAUAGAGCCAGGGAAGGAUAAAGGAGUUCUAAUAACUGGAGAUGAAAGUGAUGUGAAUCCCAACUGCAAACAUGCAUCUAAUCCUUACCAUAAAUGUAAUAAGUUUUGCUUUGCAAAUUCUCCCGUCAUUCGUAAUGAUGUUAUGAAGGCAAAGGAGCAAAAACUUGUUGGCACUGCAAACAGAGCAGUCAAUCCCGCGUGCAAAUAUGCAUCAAAUCCUUAUCAUGUUUGUGCUGAAUACUGCUUCCGGGAGGCCCCUGAAAGGGCGCUGCCUGGGCAAGCCAUUAAUCCAAAAAGCACAAAGGAAAGAAAGAAAAUGGUCAAACAUACAGAAAGAUCAGGCGUGAACCCUGGCUGCAAAUAUGCAUCAAAUCCAUUCCAUAAAUGUUCUGAAUACUGUUUCCAAAAUGUGGCAGAUAGAUAUAUAUCUGAUGGAGUCACUAAAUCAAAAGAAGGAAAGAUAACAAUUAGUGGGGCAGAUAGAAGAGAUGGGAAACCAAGGUGUAAAAAUGCUUCAAAUCCUUACCACAAAUGUACUGAUGACUGCUUUCAAGAGAUCUUUCGAGACAACCCGGCCGUUGAACGCAUCUCACCUCCGAUCAACGAAAAAAAUGACGGCAGACCAAAGGAAAGAAAGGCAGACCAUUCGAUCAUUGAGAGGAGCUUAGAUGUUGAAGCCAACGGUAUGGAAGCGUCUAAUAGCAGUCAUAAGUUUACCGAUUCCUCGAACGAAGUCAGCAUUCAUGCUGAAACUAACGAAUCAGAAUCUGUUUUUACUAAAGAUGAGAAAGAGGCGGGUAUGAUUGAGCUGCUGGAUUCGCAGCCGCUACGAAUAGAUGCUUCAGAGUUAUUUAAAGAAUGGGCAAAAUAUUGCUCACUAAAGGCUCAGGAGGACAGUGAAGUCAAGACAGAAAAAACAGGGCAAAGAUGAUAAAAGGGUGUAUUUGCAAAGAGCAAAUUCGGUGGCUUCUGCUUGCAUUUGUCUCUCCUUAACAGGCUUUUUUGGCCUUCAUUCUUCAGAAGGGAGCAGAGAAGGAGAAGUGAUCAGAAGGGUUAGAACACAGAACUUAUAUGGAUCAAAAUUGUAGAAAUGUGUUUGGUUCAUAUAAUAUUUAUCAAAAUGGUUCGUUCGAGGGGCUGCAUCGCCGGAAUGCACUUCUCUUUUACUGUAUAUUUUAUGGCUUUUUUUGUUUUUUUUACAUAAAUAUCCUUUUUCGGUUUGGGUUGUAAUGGCUUUUGUUUAUUUUUUUAAUAAAAAGUAGGUGUUUUACAUGCAUAAAAUAUUGCAGUUUUGUAUCUUUAUGAUUUGUAUGAAUUGACACGAAACUCUCGAAUAGUUUGUACUUUUAUGCGAGAAUAUGGUAAUUUAUGU